AUGGCUCGUUUUACUCUCUCCGACGAGUUCACCAAGUUUAUUCCUCCAUGUGCUACGGACUGCUUCCAGCUGUUCUUGGAGAACAACUUCUCACCGGACACUUGUGGCACGUCCCCUUCAUUACAAUGCCUCUGCUCAAGGACAGGCUCAUCGAGCUUUACGAUCGGAGAGGGGGCGGUAGCAUGCAUUGCAGCUGGCAAGAACUCUGGCGCAUGCCCAAUUGCGUCGGGUGACGGUGAGUACUCUUGCAUCAAGGUCUUCUUUCCGCCACAACCUCUUGUGCUGACGUUCACCUCAGAUCAAACUAUUACAAAGGCUUACCGCAUGUGUAAUGGCCAACCCAGCGCUGUAGUGCCGACACAUGCUACCAUUAUCGCGACACUUGCCGUUCCGAAGUCAACGCCAUCUGCCAGUUCGGCCUCCACUUCGAGUUCAUCUUUAUCAACUCCACUGCCGUCAACUCUCCUAACGGCGACGGACAUUCCAACGCCGCCUUCAUCACGGCCUAGCCCAACCUUCGCCCUGCCGACCGUCGAUCCGCAACCUACCACGGCGGCCCCAGAUGCACAAGCCGGUGACUCGAACCGGCCUAAGCUCAACACGGGACAGAUCAUUGGCAUCUCGAUGGGAGGGGCUGCCUUGGCUCUCCUCAUCUUCACAGUCUUCCUCUUGGCAAGAUGUUCCAGACGAAAGAGACUCGCAGCCAACGAAGAGCAGGGGUUUUCCAAGAUGAGGGACUCAUGGCCGUUCGGACGCAAUCCUGACGGGAGCCCGCAGAUGCCGCAGAUCUCCAACCCGACAUAUGUGGAGCAGAAGGAGAUGGACUUUACGAGGCCCACGAGAAACAAUCGGUCGAGUGUGCAGCCUGACUCUAUCGGACUUGCAAUCUCGCCUGAACAAACCCUGCGCUUGGUCCCAAACCAACAAAGUAAAGACGAGGACUCGACCCCAAGUUCCACCACCGCUUCUGCUCCUGUUCCCGUCGUUCAAAAGACGGUUGCCAGCCCAGUCAUUCCGAAGCCAGCGCUGACGCUCGCCAUUCCAAAUCAGCAAGGCUUAGCGCCGCCAGCACCUCGCAUGCCGUUCUCCGGCAGGGAGAGCGUCGUAACCGAGUUUGCAGAGGAUGGCGAGACCGACAUUGUCAGCGCAGGAGUCGCGCAGAUCUGGCGCCCGCCAGCGACCGACCCGCAGUCGGCCACGACGUACUACGUCGCGGAUAAAUGGGGAAACUGGCGCAGGGCGUCACAAAUGGCUGAGCUUGAUGGUUCGUCGGUACCGGUGGCGAAGACCAACGCGAGCCAAGCUGUGCCGUUAACACUGAGUGAUGGGCCUGUAGUAAGAGGACCCGACAGCAACGUGCCAUCGAAGCCGCAACCUGCUCAACUUGGCCCCCCUAUCCAGUUCCGCCCUGAACCAGCGGAUCUGAGCCGAUCAUCCAGCAUUUACUCAAACUACAGCCUGCCGCAGAUUGUGGUGCCCACUGGCUCAAACCCCAUGCCGCCACCGCUGUUCAUGGGAGAAACUCGCCAACAGCCGAUGCAACAAGCAGGUCCAAACAAGACCAUUUUCAACAAGUUGCCGAACCGGAAGUCAAAAGGCGCAGAACGUUCGGACCCACGACAGUCUACGCAGUCUAAUGCGACGACCAUAGAGUCAUCUGCGGGGGAUGAUGACAACUACCAGAACGACCUCGACCGAGGCAGCUUGUCACCCGUGCAAGAAUCUCCAAUCUCGGCGGGUGUCUCUCCCGUAUCAUAUCCCAAGAUUCCACGCAGCCAGCAGAACAACGGUCUGAACAUCUUCCCGCCAUCAACGAGGACCAACAAUCUGUACAGCCCGCCAGGCCAACCUAGUCCUACGCUAGGUGCUGUCGCCCCGGUCAAGAACCAGCAAUACAUCCCUUACAUUCCUCCGAGGACGAAUGCCCAGCAGCAGUACGGCAGGACCCUGACGCCUAACCCCAAUCCAAACCGUAACCCAGCACAGAUCCGCACGGGUUCACCGAAUGCUCCCCAGAAAGAACAAGGGCAGGCAAACGAGCGUCCCAACUGGCAAUCGUACACGCCCCAGAACCCAUACGAUGAUGAGCAGCAGCGCCCUGCCAGCCGGAACAAGGCUGCACCAGGCUCACCGUCCUCAUCUCGCUCUGCUGCCAGCUCUCUUCUCGCAAAACGUCUCGGCGCCGAUCGUGCCGCGGCGUUGGCGCUCGACAAGGAUGGCAAGCGUAGCAAGGGCCCGAAAUGGAAACGGCAUAAAAGUGUGCGCGGGGGCGCCGAUGAGGACUGGACGCCAUCUACCCCACGGGGCACGAAUUCGUUUGGCGGCGACGAUGACAUUCCGCUCCCCGCAACACCUGGAUGGUUGCCCAAACUGACGCCCACGAGGCACGGCGACGAUUUGUUCCUGCGAGUGCGGUGA